AUUUCUUAACUAUAUAUGUAUUCCACUUCAUGUUUAUUCUUGAUUCAUUUUUCUUCCCUAUAUUAUUUUAAAUAGUUAAUUAUUUCUUGAUCCUUAGUACAAAAUAUAUAUAAAGUUCAUUUUUAGUAGUCUCUUUGCCAUGGAGAUCAUAAAGGCUAGUUUCAUUUGCAUUUUCUUGAUUUUCCUCCUCAUUGAUCCUUGUUCUUCUUCAGGGAAAAUGGAUUUAUUUAAGAUGGAUUCAGAAAUUUAUGAAAUUGAUUAUAGAGGUCCAGAAACUCAUACUUAUAUUCCUCCACCAAAAGGAUCAAAGGGAAAACAUAAUUUUCAUCAUCAAAACAUGAUGUUAAAACAUCAUCGCAAAUUCAAAGGAUUGAAAGUUCCUGAAAAGUUUAGUGGGGAGAAAAUUCAUGGAUGAAUUUAAAAGAAAUUUGAUGUGUGUUUUUUGGAUAUUUGGAUGAACAAUUAAGAAGAGUGUUGCUGCAGUUUGGAGAUACAUAUUAAAUGCAUUAGAAUGUUAUUUAAUUUUAUUUCUUUAAUUUUUAAUAUCUCCCAAUAUUUGUAUAAAUGAGGCUUGUGAUAGACUUUGAUUAUUGCUAUUGUAUCCAUUAUAAUUAUUUUGUGCAUCAUAAUUAUUUUUGGACCAUGGAAUAUUAAAUCUGUUUUUGUAUAUUAUUCCACCCUAGUUAAUGAAUGAUUGCUCCAAAGAGAAUAUUAAGAAGG